AUGUCAAGAGGUCCAGCCAUCGGUAUUGAUUUAGGGACAACCUUCUCGUGCGUCGGUGUUUUUCAGAAUGGCAAAGUGGAAAUUAUUGCCAAUGAUCAGGGUCACCGCAUUACACCCAGUUAUGUCGCCUUCACAGAUAAAGAACGUCUCGUCGGUGAGGCUGCAAAGAACCAAGCUACUUUAAACCCAACUAAUACGGUUUUUGAUGCAAAGCGUUUGAUCGGACGCCAUUUCAAUGAUGUAGAAGUCCAAGACGACAUGAGGCGUUGGCCAUUCAAAGUGGUAAAUUCUGCAGGGAAACCGAAGAUUGAGGUAGAGUUUCGUAAUGAGACAAAGAAGUUCAUUGCAGAAGAGAUCUCGUCCAUGGUGCUGCUGAAGAUGAAAGAGACAGCAGAAGCGUUUUUGGGCACGAAAGUGACAGAUGCGGUAAUUACAGUACCGGCAUACUUCAAUGAUAGGCAACGACAGGCGACGAUAGAUGCAGGGAAAAUAGCGGGUUUAAACGUGCUGCGUAUCGUUAACGAGCCCACGGCAGCUGCUAUCGCAUAUGGUUUGGACAAAAGGAUCGACAGUCAGCGCAAUGUGCUCGUCUUUGAUUUGGGCGGUGGCACUUUCGACGUGUCCAUCUUGUGCAUAAAGAAUGGAAGAUUUGAGGUGAAAUCGACUGACGGUGACACUCACUUGGGUGGCGAAGACUUUGACUCGAGAAUGACUGAUCACUUUGUGGAGAUAUUUAAGCAAAAACACGAAGGCAGGGAUUUGACGACCAGCAAAAAGGCCAUCAGCCGCCUGAGAAAGGCGUGUGAGACUGCAAAGAGGAUGCUAAGUUCUGUCGGGUAUGCAAGCAUUGAUGCAGAAUCGCUGUUUGAGGGCAUUGACUUCAGUGAAACCCUCACACGGGCCCGCUUCGAGCAGCUGUGCUUUGAUCUCUUCAGUAAGACGCUGGAUCCGGUAAAGAAGGCACUAAGUGAUGCAAAGUUGGACAAGAAUGAUAUCCACGAGAUAUUGUUGGUAGGCGGAUCUACGCGUAUUCCGAAGGUGCAAGAGUUAUUGCAAGACUUCUUCAAAGGCAAGACGUUGAACAAGUCCAUAAAUGCGGACGAGGCAGUGGCAUACGGUGCGGCGUUGCUGGCGGCCAAUAUGGCUGGCGACAAGUCAGAAGGGGCGCAGAAUUUUGUGUUAGCUGAAGUGGCACCUCUCUCACUCGGUGUGGAGACGACAGGUGGUGUAAUGACGACGUUGAUAGAGCGCAAUACGAAAAUUCCGACAAGGAGGACUAAGAUCUUCUCCACCUGUUCAGACAAUCAAUCGAGCGUGUUGGUGCAGGUGUAUGAGGGUGAGCGUGCAAUGACGAGUGAUAACAACUUGUUGGGCAAGUUUGAGCUGUCAGGUAUCCCACCAGCGCCGCGUAAGGUACCUCAGAUCGAGGUGUCCUUCGAUAUUGAUGAUAAUGGAAUUCUUCAUGUGUCGGCGGUGGACAAAUCGUCAGGGAAGCAAAACAGCAUCACCAUCACCAAGAACAAGGGUCUUCUGUCAGAGAAUGAAAUGAAGCAAAUGAUUAAUAAUGCAGAAAAAUUGAAGUUGGAGGAUGAGAAGGAGAAGAGCAGGAUGGUAGCGAAGAAUAUGUUGGAAAACUACAUCAGUCGAAUAAAAUUGGAAAUGAAUGACGACAAAACAAAGGAUAAAACACCAGAGGCGUCUCGUCAAAUUAUCCUUACGAUAUGCGAGACGACGUCCAAGUGGAUGGACGUUGAACAACAGGCCACACAAGAGAACUACGAGCUAAUGCACAAAAAUUUGGAGACCCUGUACAGCUCCAUUAUAUCAACGAAAAAUUUCCGUUCUUGA